AUGUCAGCAUCUGUUAAGUGUGGCGCUUGCCAAAAGACCGCUUACCCAUUGGAGUCAAUCGUUGCCAAUGACAAGUCAUACCAUAAGGGUUGCUUCAAGUGCGCCGUUUGCAAGAUGACUCUCAACGUUAAGAACUUCAAGUUGAGUGACGGUCAACUCUACUGUGCUGUCCACACUCCAAAGGCCACUGCCACCGCUGUUGCCGACUCUGUUGCCAUCAAGAACGCCUUGAACGCACCAAAGAAGUCCUUCGAAGGUCUCGGUACCGCCCAAAAGGGAUCUGGUGACAGACCAAACGUUGGUUUGGACUCGUUGGCCACCAAGAAUGCUAUGAACGCUCCAAAGAAGAUCGCCGAAGGUGCUCGUGGUGUCCAAAAGGGAACCGGAGGUACCCCACAAACCGUCUACUUUGGUGGUGACGAAGGUCACCAAUCCAGUGCUCCAGCCGAAGGUUAUGAACAACAACAAUACGAAGAGGCUCCACAAGAACAACAAUACGAGCAAUACGAAGAACAACAACAAUACGAGCAAUACGACGAGAACCAACAACAAUAUGAUGAAAACCAACAAUAUGAAGAACAACAAUACGAAGAAGAACAAUAA